AUGAGAACUUUUGGAACUAUGUUAGAUAUGGCAUUGCAAAACUUUGGCUCGAUAUUUUGCAUGGCUACUCUCAUCGGUUUUGUUUAUAUCCUUGUUGACCGUGUUCAUGUUCCUCGGUGGUGGUAUAUGAAGUCCCAACUGAUCGGACAAAUGAACCCCCAGCAGCUGACUGAGUUCGAAUGCCCUUACGAGUAUCUUCGCAAUAUCUAUGGAAAGCAUCACUGGGCCCGCUUUGUGAACAAGCUGUCCCCAAAGCUUCGAUACGACGACUAUCCUAAGUACCUGAUGGUGUUAGAGAUUAUGGACACAAUUCACCUUUGCUUGAUGCUGGUUGACGACAUCUCCGACGGAAGUUACUAUCGCAAAGGACGCCCCGCUGCUCACACCAUAUAUGGCCCAUCAGAGACUGCAAAUCGCGCGUAUUAUAGAGUCACGCAAAUAAUUGCAAAAACCACCAAAGACUUUCCAAAAUUGGCAGUGUGGCUGACACAGGAUCUUGAGGAUAUCCUCGAGGGUCAAGACCUGUCUCUCGUCUGGCGCAGGGAUGGACUUGGGGGCUUUCCUAUCUCAGCCUCUGACAGGGCCGCGGCAUAUAGACAAAUGGCCUCCUUGAAAACGGGUGCUCUAUUUCGACUACUUGGGCACACUGUGCUUGGUGAUGACUCUAUGGACGAGACAUUUACCAUGGUUGCCUGGCACUCGCAGUUGCAAAAUGACUGCAAGAACGUUUUCUCUUCGGAGUAUGCCAAGAUGAAGGGGGCAGUUGCUGAGGAUCUGUACAAUCGUGAGAUGACUUAUCCCAUUGUGCUGGCAUUGGAUGCACCUGAUGGGCAUUGGGUAUCUGCUUCCCUAAAAAACCCGUCUCCCCAGAAUGUUCGCAACGCUCUCAAGGUAAUCAGAGGCGACUACGUACGCGGAGUAUGCACUGCAGAGCUAGCUGAAUCCUAUACCCCCGUCAAAGAGUGGCUGGAACUCUGGGGUAGGAAGGAAAAGCUUGAUAUCAAGAAAUGA